AUGUCUGCUUUAUCUAAAGCUAUUACUCCAAACAGAGCCUUGUUGCUUGGUGGUGCUUGUUAUGGUGCGUGGGCAAUCUGGAUGGCUAAAAACUAUUUCAAGCAAUCGUCAAUGAGAAAGAUUUACGUGAACGCUGAUAAAGAGUUUGAAAAUGUGCAUCCCAUGAGACAUAUUCAAUACGAUGGUAAUCUCAAACUAGCUGAAGAAAAAGCGUAA